CUCCUCUGUUGAGGCCGGGUCAUGCAGAUGAGGCUUCCACUGCCUCCUGUCUGCAGACUGAGGAGGCGGAGCUUGUGUGCAGACUGAGGAGGCGGAGCUUGUGUGCGGCCUAGGGAGGUGGAGAUAAAGCUAUGCAGAUGAGGGGUGGGGGAUAUGCAGAUGACCUAAGAGCAGCUGCAGGCUGGAAGCAGAACCCCUUCGGGUUGCGGUUUGGGCUGCUGCAGAUACACCUCUCCCCUUCUUCCCUUCCUCCCUCCCUGGGGUUCCUUGUCCUCCGAGGACCUCCUCGGAGACUUGGAACCCCUACCCCCUGACUCCUCCUCUAGCUCUUGUGCCAGUUCUCCCACCCCAAAACAAUUCUCCCCACUUCUAGCGCAUCCCCACUUGUCUCCCCAAUUCCCGGAACCUGCUUCCACCAACCUAACUCCUGGACCCCUCCUGUUUUCACUCUGCCCUCCAUGUUCCCCUCCCUGGGUUGGCUCCAGCCAUCACUCCAUUUCUGGUCCUUCUGGCCUCCUCACCCCGUCCCCCAGGCUUCGCAGAACCCUGAAUCUAGAGGACCUUCGCCUCCCCUGGUUUGCCCCUUCCCGGCCUGCCCUCAGCCGCGUCCUGUCAUACCUCCAUCCUCUCUUCUUCCAUCUCGUCCCUAGUCCUUUCUGCCCUCUUCUCGGAAUCACCCCCGAUUCCCCGAGGAUCCCAUUUUUCUUCCCUCCUGAGCCGGGAUGCAGGUGUCCAUCGCUUGCACUGAGCAAAACCUCCGCAGCAGGAGCAGUGAGGACCGUCUGUGUGGACCCCGACCUAUCCCUGGGGGCGGGAACGGCAGUGGAGUGACCAGCAGUCACGGGAACCCUUCGGGGGGAGGGGGACCCGGCCCCAAGGUCCGGGCUGUGCCAGUCGCCCGACCCCUGGGUCCCCCAGCUGUGACCCACUCUGGGCCCCUACGAGAGAGCACCGGCCGCGGCACCAGCAUGAAGUACAGAAACUUGGGGAAGUCUGGUCUUCGUGUAUCCUGUCUUGGUCUUGGUACCUGGGUCACAUUUGGGUCCCAGAUCUCAGAUGAGACAGCAGAGAAUCUGAUGACUGUGGCAUAUGAACAUGGAGUGAAUCUGUUUGACACAGCUGAGGUGUAUGCAGCAGGAAAGGCAGAACGAACACUGGGCAAUAUCCUUAAGAGCAAGGGUUGGAGGAGAUCCAGCUAUAUCAUCACUACCAAAAUCUUUUGGGGAGGACAGGCAGAGACUGAGAGAGGCUUGAGCCGAAAACACAUCAUUGAGGGCUUGUGGGGUUCCUUGGAACGGCUUCAACUGGGAUAUGUAGACAUAGUCUUCGCCAAUCGCUCGGACCCCAACAGUCCCAUGGAGGGUGAAAAUAACCCCAAGAAUGCCCAAACCCAGACAAAGAUGACCAUAAACCUAGGGAUCACUUCCCCAACUCUAAUCACUGACCCCAGAGUUUUGCAAGGACUCCAUGUAACCUCAUAUAGAAGAAAAACCCUAACAACAGAGUGCUCCCAGUUUUCCCACCUUCCCUAUCAGGGAUUCCAAAAGUGGGCAAGGGAAGGGGGAGGAUGGGGUGGGGUUGAGCAGAAUUCAAGUGUCAACCCUUCAAUCUCACAUAGAGAUAUCUGGGUUCUUGGAGGGAAAUGGCAGGAGGGAAGAGGGCUCAUCCAUCUGGGAUCUAACUGUCAGGAUUUCAUCAUCCUCACACAUCCAGAGAUUGUUCGGGCCAUGACCUUUGUCAUUAACCAGGGGCUGGCACUAUACUGGGGGACAUCACGUUGGGGGGCUACAGAAAUCAUGGAGGCCUACUCAGUAGCCCGACAAUUCAACUUGAUUCCCCCUGCAUGUGAACAAGCGGAAUACCACCUGUUUCAGAGGGAUAAGGUGGAGACACAACUGCCUGAGCUCUACCACAAGAUAGGUGUUGGCUCAGUGACCUGGUCCCCUUUGACCUGUGGUGUCAUCACUAGCAAACAUGAAGGAAGAAUCCCAGAAACCUACAAGGGGACCAUCAAGGGCUACCAGUGGCUCAAGGACAAAGUACAGGGUGAAGAUGGCAAGAAGCAACAGGUCAAGGUCAUGGACCUGCUCCCCAUUGCUCACCAAAUGGGUUGCACGGUGGCUCAGCUUUCUAUUGCCUGGUGUCUCCGCAGUGAGGCUGUCAGCUCUGUCCUGCUGGAAGUGUCCAACAUGGAGCAGCUGAUGGAAAACUUGGGAGCCCUGCAAGUGCUGGGCCAGCUGACACCACAGAAGGUGCUGGAGAUCGAUGGACUCCUGGGAAACAAACCCCACUCGAAAAAAUAGGCACCCUCCCGCCAGGCGCAGGCGCAGGCGCCGCCGCCUUCACAGCUAGCACUGCGAUCCUCCCCGACCCGCGCCAGCGCCAGCAGAAGCGCCUACAACAGCAACAGCAGACGCAGCAGCAGCAACAGCCUCCUCCAGCUCUCGCGGCAGCCAGGGGUACCAGAAAGCGAAAGAACCAAGCUUCCCAACCUCAGGCGGGAGGCCCCCGUGACCCCGCCCUCUAAGGAGUCCCCGGAUGACCCCGCCCACCAAGGAGUGCCGGCUACACGCAUGAUUUUAUAAGCCAUAUCCUGCCACAGCAUGGCUAGGGAAGGAAAGUAGUUCGCCACCCCUUUUCCCUCCUGCCCAGUCUUCGGCCUUCUCUUCUUAGCGUAUUGCUUUUCCCGGGCAUGAGCUGGGGGUGGGGGUGGGGGCGGGGGCAUCUUCUCUCUUCUUCUCCCCGCCCUGUUCCUUACCCACUUUGUUCCUUGCGGUCUGUCUUCCUCCUCUCCCUCCAAAAAACCGGGCGGAGAUCUGAGAGAAUACACAAGUCAAAAAGAGAUUGUGUGACAUCAUCUGAGAGAGACAGGAAGAGUUAUGCCAGAGGUGCAAAAGGCAAUAUAAACAGGACCGAUUCCAGUGAUGGGAGACUAGGGAGAGGUGGACUUGACUACCAGGGCACUCAAUGCGCCGGCCAGGACCCAGCACUAACACUCGAGAUGCCUUGAGAGAGAGACCAUGCUGAAAGUGAGUGGUGACCGUCACUUUGAGACAGGCUGUUCAAUAAGCAUCAGGAUGACGCCAGAAGGCACUGAGAAAGCGAACCCCUUCCCACCACACACUGAACUUUGUCCACGCUGGGGAUGCCGAGGAUUCUCCCUUUCCUCAGAUGUAAAAUGAUGCACAGCAUACAUAAGGCCUUGGUGGGACUUAGUCAGGCCCAUGGACUUUACUGGUGGAGUUGUAUAGUAUACCAGAAAUGUCAGCACCUGACAGGAAGUGGAUGAUGAUAUCACGUGGGACUCAGGUGGCAGCUGGCAUGAUGAACUUGGCAUCCUUUAGCACCCAAACUGGGGAGUGGGGCCCUCUUAGAAUGGCCCCCAGGUGAUGGGUUUUGAGAAAUGGAAAGUUAGCCCAGAGGAAAGCCUGCCCUUUGCCCUUGGCAGUAAUCCUAAAGCAAUAAUAAUGGGCCUUCCCAGGGAAAAUAAAAUCUUAGCUUCUU